AUGAUGGCACAGAUUAGCAGAAUGCUCCUUGCACUGAUGUUGAGUUUGUUUGUUGGAGCUUCAACUUUCAUCUUAUCUCCUGCAGCGGCCUUCCAGCUGCCGCCCUGUCAGCUCAUCAACCAGACAGUGUCUCUGGAGAAGGAGGGCUGUCCCAGCUGUCAUCCAGUGGAGACAACCAUCUGCAGUGGACACUGCAUCACCAAGGACCCUGUCAUCAAGAUACCAUUCAGCAAUGUGUACCAGCAUGUGUGCACAUACCGGGACCUGUACUAUAAAACAUUUGAGCUUCCCGACUGCCCACCUGGUGUAGACCCGAUCGUCACCUACCCUGUGGCUUUGAAUUGCCACUGCGGCCGCUGUGCCAUGGACACAUCUGACUGCACCUUUGAGAGCCUGCAACCUGACUUCUGCAUGAAUGACAUCCCUUUCUACUAUUAA